UCUGUCCCCUCUCAAACAGCAGUAAAUGAGCAGGCAGACUCUCCUUUGAUAGCUGAAAAUUAAGUAUCGAUGCAACAAAGUCGAAAUUGUUCCUACAUCCGCCAUUCUAAUAGAUGGAGUUACACAGUUUAUAACAUUCCUGUGCAGCUGCGGGAUCCGCAAAGGGGCGAUUAGAUCUUGAAAACACGCCGGAGUUGUAGAUUAGGAGGCUGUUUAUGUAGAGAGGGUCUUAGAAGACAAGGAAGAAAAAACUGAAAAAAAAAAUAUUUGACAACCACCCUUUCCAGGCGGAAAGGGCUUCGGCUGCCCUCUCCCUGAUCAACCCGCCGACAGGAUGGCUCACCUCCGGGACCUGAGGAACCAGAACUCUCGCCUGGACCCCGAGGAGUACUUCACCAAACUGGAGCGUAUAGGCAAGGGCUCCUUCGGUGAGGUCUACAAGGGAAUCAACAACCGCACCAAGGAGGUGGUGGCCAUCAAGAUCAUCGACCUGGAGGAGGCGGAGGACGAGAUCGAGGACAUCCAGCAGGAGAUCACCGUCCUCAGCCAAUGUGACAGUCCCUUCGUCACCAAGUACUAUGGCUCCUACCUCAAGGGGACCAAACUGUGGAUCAUCAUGGAGUAUCUGGGAGGGGGCUCAGCUCUGGAUCUGCUGAGGCCAGGUCCCCUGGAGGAAACCUACAUUGCCACAAUCCUUAGGGAGAUCUUGAAGGGUCUGGACUACCUGCACUCGGAGAGGAAGAUCCACCGCGACAUCAAAGCUGCUAACGUGCUGCUGUCAGAGCAGGGAGACGUCAAGCUUGCAGACUUCGGGGUGGCGGGGCAGCUGACCGACACUCAAAUCAAGAGGAACACGUUUGUGGGCACACCUUUCUGGAUGGCGCCCGAGGUCAUCAAACAGUCAGCUUACGACUUCAAGGCAGACAUUUGGUCCCUGGGAAUCACCGCCAUCGAGCUGGCCAAGGGGGAGCCCCCGAACUCGGACCUGCACCCCAUGAGGGUCCUCUUCCUCAUCCCCAAGAACAACCCCCCCACCCUAGAGGGCGCGUACAGCAAGCCCUUCAAAGAGUUUGUGGAGGCCUGCCUCAAUAAAGAUCCCCGCUUCAGACCCACCGCCAAGGAGCUGCUGAAGCACAAGUUCAUCACGCGCUACACCAAGAAGACGCCCUACCUGACAGAGCUCAUCGACCGGUACCGGCGCUGGAAGUCCGAGGGCCACGGGGACGAGUCCAGCUCAGACGACUCCGACAUGGACGGAGACGGCGAUGACAGAGACCAGUGUCCGAUGUGGACCUUCCCCACGGUGCGAUCCACCUCACUCAACAAGCUACAGAAGGGCUUCACCAACACAGACUCGGAGAACGCAGAGGCGGUGAAGAGGCAGCCCAAGUCCCAGUGUCUCUCAGCGCUGGUCACACCCAUCUUCAGAGAGCUGAAGGAGAAGAGGCGGGCGAACGGGGCGAGCGUGGGGGCCAUCGAGGAGCUGGAGAACGCCUUUAGCCUGGCCGAGGAGUCCUGUCCCGGGAUCUCCGACCGCCUGGUCACGCACAUGAUGGAGAGAGUGCGGAGGUUUUCACUCAACGGAAACACCACCCCUUCCUCACGGUGAAACCGGCCAGCUGCUGCCCACCCCAUCCCAGCCCCCCAGGACCAGUCUGCUCCACCCGCUUCACCC